UUGAAACUAAGGUUAAGGCCAUGUUUACAUUAAUUUUAGAAAUUCGUGCCAUUUCUUUUUUUUAUUAUUAAAAUGAAUCGUUAGCGAAUUAUCUUGUCACCCAACAGUGUUAUUUCUCUAUUACCAGCCUUCUUGAAGUUUAUUCAGUAUGAUGUUUAUCAUUAGUGAAGCAUUUUUGGGAGAAGUUCAAAAGAAAGUUUGCUUGAAUAGCCUGUCUCCAAGUUUCUAAUUAUUCACAGUACUGUUCUGGUAAAUCGGAAAAUACAAGUUCAUUUUAUCCUCGCAAUAUGGUAUCAGGCUUAAAGCUCGGAAGAAAUAUUUGUAAGCUCUGCUUGAGAAAUUUCCACAAGUCUGUGGAAAAUGAGAAGAAGAGUGUUUAUAAAAGUCAUGUAUGGAAGUACGCAGCUGCAGCAACCUUGGCCGCUGGUGGUGCGUACUACUACACUUUAGAUACCCAACAGCAAAGGCUCGUCAAAGUUACGGCUGGUGGUGUAGUUAGGUUUGUAAGAUCAUCCAGGAUAGGUCUGGUGGUGACGUUAGACUACUGGUGGUCUCUGCUGGGGCUAGAGGAAGGCAGUCAGGAAUACGAGGAGGCAAUAGAUAAAGUACACCAGCGCUCGGCAGACCUCAUACUGUCCGGAUGUCUCAGCAACGGAGGUCUCUACAUCAAGUUGGGGCAAGGUCUAGUCUCCAUGGACCAUGUGUUGCCGCGUCCGUAUAUUGUCACACUCAAGGCUCUUCAAGACCGAUGUCUAACCCGAGGCAAGGAUGAGGUACGACAACUGUUUAUGGAGGAUUUUGGAGUUCCACAUACGGACAUGUUUGCCACCUUCGAUGAAGAACCAAUCGCAGCUGCUAGUUUAGCUCAGGUGUUUCGAGCCACUACCCAUGAGGGAGCAGUGGUCGCUGUCAAGGCUCAGUACAUUGACCUGCAAGACAGAUUUGCGGGAGACAUAGCCACUGUACAGUUACUGCUCAAGUUCGGAGGCUGGAUACAUCCCAAGUUUGACUUUGAAUGGGUCCUUUUGGAACUGAGGGAUACCUUGGAGCAGGAGUUGGAUUUCCUUCACGAAGGAAAGAACGGAGAACGAUGCGCACAAGAGUUGAAUCGUUUUCCGUUCAUCUACGUUCCAAAAGUGUUUUGGAAUCUGAGCAGCAAGAGGGUACUGACUACGGAGUUUAUCGAUGGCAUCAAGAUAAACGAGAAAGAAGCUUUGACCAAGGAGGGGCUUUCAUUGGCUGACAUCGACUACAAAAUGUUCAAAGCGUUCUCCGAGCAAAUCUUUCAUACAGGUUUUGUCCACGCAGACCCUCAUCCUGGCAAUGUGCUGGUGAGGAAAGGGACAGACGGACGUGCACAGUUGGUGUUACUGGACCAUGGACUGUACGAAGUUGUACCUUCGACAAUUAGGCAUUCACUCUGUAACCUGUGGAAAUCCAUCAUACUCAACGAUCAUUCCGGCAUGCGAAAACACUCUAAAGAACUUGGCGUUGAUGAUGACAAUUACCGGUUGUUUUGUACGGCGUUGGUGCAGCGUUUUGUGGCCAGAGACAAGAACGAAAAGGGGGAGGACAUUUUGGACUUGUUCUUCUCACCGAAGGGCAUUCGUCUUACAGCCAAAGUGUUCAGGGGUUUACCGGAAGAAGAGAAGGAACGUCUGAGAAUUGAGAUAAUGGCCAUCCAUGAUCGAUCAAUUGAGAUUUUCAAAGCUAUUCCGAGCAAGCUUAUGCUGGUCACUAGGAACAUCAACACGAUUCGUAGCAUUGCAAGAGGUCACGGGGACCCUGUCGAUCGUUACACUGUGAUGGCAAGAAGCGCGACUCAGGGUGCGUUUGUGUCAGAGACCUCCGGUCUGAGCGGACACUUACGUGGACUGCUGGGGCGACUGCACUUUGAGAUCAGACUGUGGUGGGACAAUGUGAGAAUGUUGUUGAUUCGGCUGUCAUUCAGAACACUACAAGUGGUGGGUCUAGCCCCAGACAUGGCUGUCAUCAUGGAUCAGUCCUUUGACAAUCCUCAUUAAUAUUAUGUACACAACUUGAUAGUAUUAUUUGUUAUAUAUUUUAUUGUUGAGUGUAUAUACACAUUUUAUUUUAUAA